GGUGGGGGCGGGCCGGGCCCGGCGACCCGGCCCGCGGAGCCGGUGCGGGCGGGCUGCUGAGGUGGCUGUCGCCGGCUCCGAGCUGCGGCUUCCCGGGUCGAGCCCCCGAUGGAGGCCGAGGCCGUGGACGCUCCCCCGGGCAGGGCUGAGGCGGCGCUCAGCUGCUUUUCUUUCAACCAGGACUGCACAUCCCUAGCAAUUGGAACCAAAACCGGUUAUAAGCUUUUUUCUCUGAGUUCUGUGGAGCGACUGGACCAAGUUCAUGGAAGCGAUGAAAUCCCGGACGUCUACAUCGUGGAGCGCCUCUUCUCCAGCAGCUUGGUGGUGGUGGUCAGUCACACAAAACCACGGCAAAUGAAUGUGUAUCACUUCAAGAAAGGGACAGAAAUCUGUAACUACAGCUACUCCAGCAAUAUCUUGUCCAUAAGGCUGAACCGGCAGAGGCUGCUGGUUUGCCUGGAGGAGUCCAUUUACAUUCACAACAUCAAAGAUAUGAAGCUGCUGAAGACCCUCCUGGAUAUCCCCGCAAACCCAACAGGUCUGUGUGCCCUCUCCAUCAACCAUUCCAAUUCCUACGUGGCCUAUCCUGGAAGCCUGACUACAGGCGAGAUUGUGCUUUAUGAUGGAAACUCCCUGAAGACAGUCUGCACUAUCGCUGCCCACGAAGGAACGCUAGCUGCCAUUGCCUUUAAUGCUUCGGGCUCCAAGCUGGCAAGUGCAUCUGCAAAAGGCACCGUGAUCCGGGUGUUCUCCGUACCUGACGGGCAGAAGCUCUAUGAGUUCCGGAGAGGGAUGAAAAGGUACGUGACCAUCAGCUCUCUGGUGUUCAGUAUGGACUCUCAGUUCCUCUGUGCCUCGAGCAACACGGAGACCGUGCACAUCUUCAAACUGGAGCAGCUCAGCACGAGUCGUCCAGAAGAGCCUUUGACCUGGAGCGGCUACAUGGGAAAGAUGUUCAUGGCUGCCACCAACUACCUCCCGGCCCAGGUGUCAGACAUGAUGAAUCAGGACAGGGCUUUUGCCACCGGACGCUUGAACUUCUCUGGGCAGAGAAACAUCUGUACCCUCUCAACGAUCCAGAAAUUGCCAAGGCUGCUAGUGGCAUCAUCCGAUGGACACCUUUACAUCUACAAUUUGGACCCUCAGGAUGGAGGAGAGUGUGUCUUAAUCAAGACCCACAGCUUGCUUGGCUCAGGAACAACAGAAGACAAUAAAGAAAAUGACCUCAGACCUCCCUUACCUCAGUCUUACGCAGCAACUGUAGCUAGACCAAGCACCGCCUCGGCCUCCACGGUGCCAGGUUACUCUGAGGAUGGCGGCGCGCUGAGAGGAGAGGUUAUUCCUGAACACGAGUUUGCAACGGGACCAGUGUGCCUUGAUGAUGAGAAUGAGUUCCCCCCUAUAAUCUUGUGCCGUGGAAGUCAGAAGGGCAAAACGAAGCAGACAUGAUGAGAAGCGCACCUCAGAAAUCAGGACAUCCCCUGUCAGGUGGUUUUGGAGAAAACCAGGAAGGUGGAAGAAUGGAGUGCAAUUGUGUAAGCAGAAAGGGGGCAGGAAUCCCAGGUGCUGUGCUGCUUAAACCCCAGGACACGGUCAACCCCUCACCACGCCCCCCUCGGCCCUGUUGCCUGUGGGCACAAGAGACAUUGUAUACACAUUAUGCUAUUUAAGAUAUGUUCAAAUCAUAGUGUAAAUGCCAACAAACCAUAUUGGUAUAUAACCGGAAUUUUAUAUUGAAAAGAGCAUCCUUUUUAAAUAUAUGCUGUGUAAAAAUGUACUUAUAGGAAAAUCUCUCUGAACUGUAUUUCUUGUAUAUUAUAUACUUAUAGAAAGAGACUAUUUUAGCAAGGCAAAAUAUUUUUUUGCAGUGAUUGGAAUAAAAUCAUUUAUUAUUCUUGAGUCCCAUUUAGGACACUAAUAAUAAAAUCAUGGCAAUGCA